UGAAAUCCAGAUUUAUUCUGUGCACCUACCUCAAAGUGAGCACAGUCAGCUCUGACUUGGAGAGCAAUCUGUUGGACAUUCUGCACCUGGCAAAUUGGACACUGGGAGCCAGGCACAGGAGUGGCUCAGAGCUGUCAGGGGAGGAUCAGAGGGGAUGUUAGGAAGCAUUUCCUUGCUGAGAGAGUGCUCAGAACCUGGAGCAGGCUCCCUGGGGAGAAAGUGGAUGCUCGAGGCUCAGCGUUCCAGCAUCAUUUGCCCCUUGAGCUUCUGGGCAGCCUGGAAGGGCUCAGGCUGUCAGGCUGGAUAAUUGCUGUAGGCUGUUCUGGUCCACAGGCAUGUCCGUAAUUGCUUCCCAUUUGAAUUCUGCAAUUACUGAACCCCUCCACCACAGAAAUCAUAAACCCAAACUUGUGAUGGCUGACACAACACCCUGGCACACAUUCAGUGUGCAGUGAGUAAUCACAGUCGUUAAGCUUCAACUGUCUAGGGCUUCCCAAAAUGCAGCCCAAACAGGAUCAACUAUCUUACACUGGGCUUUAUUAAAAAAAUGUUAUUAUUUAAUAUUAUUCAGCCUCUGUAAAGUUGUGGAGCUCUUUUCAGCAAAAUGUCUUCAGUUCUUCAGGGAACUGUUGCUGCACAGAGUCGAGGUUGAGGUUAUUUGCAGAACACCUGGCCCUGAGUGCAGGUUGGAAAUGUUGGAGAUUAAUCUGUUCACCAUCUUCAACAUUUACAGAGUAUUCCACAAUGAUCGUGCCUGUUAUUACAUUGGAGAAAUGCUCCAAGCAGUGUUUGUUCUGUACAUAUAUCCUGGCUGUGUCUAACACCAGGGUCACUACAAAGAAAAUGAUGAAAGGCACGUCAUUCUUCUAUUAUCCCCUUUUAUAGCCAUCAAAUCUGCUUUGCCGAUAGGACAAUUAUGCUUGUCUAAAAUGCAAAAGAGGCAGAUUAAAGAGUGUUAUCAUGGUAAUGGCUUUUAAAAACCGCAAAUGUCUUCCUGCCAUGGAGCGCGGCAACAUUUUGCUUUGCCAUGGGAGGUAUGAAAAGGCAAAAGGUAUUUUAAAAUAAAGAGAUCUGUUUCUUGAUGUUCAAACACAAAUAGAUGUUAUGAGGUUCUUCUUUAAGAGAGAAAGAUUAUCUUGAGUGAGUUGAGUCAUUCACAGUUUGUAACAUCCUUUGGUUGUAACUGGAUCCUUUUCAUUUGGGAGGGGGUAGAAUAAUAUUUACCUAUGUUAUCAAAUUACUAUUUUCCUUGAAAGGUUAAUCAAAAUAAGAAUUUGAGUAAAACCAUAUUACCUUCUUUUAUAUUUAUGAACAAGUAAAUAAAUAAUACAUAUACAACAAUACCACAUAUACAACAUAUGAGGAAGGUUAAUUUGUUUGCAAAGUGUUUUUGGUAGAAGAGAUUUGGGACUACCGGGCAACAAGGAACUGACUAACAAUUCAUGUUUGGUUGAUUUUAGUUCUGUUUUCUGAACAUGGACAGUUCUCUUAAUUUUUCUACGGAUGGCAAUAUUUUAUUCGAUUGGCUGUCACUCAACACGGAGCACAUGUUUGUAGCUGUACUGCAGGCUGCAUGGUGAAAUGUGAUUGAGGARUGAGAAUACUAUUGUAAAUUAAAUGGAAUGCAUAAUUAAUAACCAAAAGAAAAGAAUGAAUCACAUUAUUCAGUAAAAGAAGAUGAAAUAAACCGUGACUAAACAAGGGAACAAUCUAGCUCAAUACAGGAGGAUACAUAAUCGACUUCAAAAAGGACUGUACGCGAGUUUGCCUGGAAAUUAUGUUAAUUCACAUCUGUCGGAGCUUCCAGUGAGGAUAGUUCAGUUCCAGUCAUGUGGGGCUAGCUGGASGAUGUGGCAGGUUCCUUACAGUCAGCUCUGUUCCCUGUGUAUACUACCUUCUGCCAUAGCUCUCUAGACAGCAAAAUCAUCACAAAAACUGCACCGAUUACACAAGGUUUCAUCCUGUUCCUGCUGUUUUCCUGGGUAACAAACGGCACAUCAGGACUUCAUAUCCCGUCACUGCUCACACACCUUCACUCCAGUGAAACCCUUUUAAGUGUUCCACUUCAUGGCCUUUCCAGGGAUGCACUGCCUCCAUCCUUUCUCUGCACUGCGUCUUCAGGCUGGAAUCCUUUUCAUCCAGUAACUAGUACAGUUUGCCAGUUCCAGUUGCCUCAGGGUGCUGAAAAAUUUACAGGCUCCCUGUGCAAGGAAAGCAGAAAGUCCUCUAAAUCCUUAUCCACUUUACUGUCAUUUGUGACAGGAAAUUUAGGUGAUGUUGGAAAUGAAAAUAAGUGCUUUGCACAAGAUUUUCUGUUUUAUAGUGAGGGGUAAGGAGACUUUGCCGCAAGUGCAGCCGAACUGAAGCACCCACGAUGCGGCCCCGCCAGGCGGGGGUGACCUCUGCCGCUGCCGGCUCUCCWCAGGAGCUGCCGGUGCCCCGGGCACCGCCGGCAGCACCGCCCCGAGGUGCUCGGGCUGCCCUCAGCGCUGAACCCGGCGAGCGCAGCGCGGGGAACACGACUCGCGGGACGCGUCGGUGUUGCGGAGGGAACCGAGAGAGAGAACGCGGCGCCUCGGCUCCCCCCGUUGGCGGCCGGCGGGGCGGGGAGCGGGCGGGGACUGGGGCUGCCGCGGGCCCGUCAGGAGGCGGCGGCCGCGGGGUCUCCGCUCGCGUCGGGCCCGGCUCCGGAUAAAUGAGGGGCUGUGACGGCGGCGGCAGCAGUGGUGCUUUGGAGCCCUGCCGGAGCCGGAGCCGGAGCGGGGCUCGGAGCCGGAGCGGGGCUCGGAGCAGCAUCGGCAAGACGGGCAGGAGGGCAGGAUGGGGGGCGGGCGGCCCACGGCGCUGCCGCUGCUGGCGCUGGCGCUGCUGGCGGCGCAGGGCGGAGCGGCGCCCCUCAAGUCCGGCGCGACCCCCGCCCUCACCAAGAUCUACCCCCGUGGCAGCCACUGGGCUGUGGGACAUUUGAUGGGAAAAAAGAGCACUGGAGAUUUUCCUUAUGGUUUUGAAGAGGAAAACAAGACACCAUUUUUAGCAAUACCUGACAACAUGAAGCAGCUGGAAGAGUAUCUGCAGUGGGAAGAAAUCUCAAAAUAUUUGCUACGGCUCCUGGAAAGGAAUGAAAAUAAAAGUGUUCACUUUUUAAAAGGAGGGAUUCCCUGGUAUACCAGGAACACCUGGGAUACAGAUGACAAUAACAGUUGGAAACAUAUGAUGGACUAUCUGCUUCAAGUUGUGAAUAUGAAAGAGAGCACUCCAAGCUGAAAGAAGGUCUCUAAAUCAUGAAGGAAUUGAAUACUUUCUGUAAGGGACUAUAUUUCACAGGCACUUGAUUGUAUCAGAUAAUCAACAAGGUCUCUUUUCUGUACACAAGGAUUCCUUUGUGUAGAAUACCUAAAUAGACAUAUUCUUGUAUGUUCAGCAAUGACUAAAUUCUCUACUUCAUUUUCAAGGUGGCAUUUUCUCAUUUGAAUGGCUUGGAUGUACAUGAUAUAUGUAUAAUUGUCAUGGAAGGGUCUUCCAAUUAAUUAUAUUACUUACCUAUCAAAUCAGUUCAUCUCUUAGUUCAAAACUACAUGACAUUUCAACAUUCACAAUAAAUAUU